AUGAGCGAUUUGGAAGGUAAAGUCAAUAAGUGUCACUCAAAGGACCCUAUAAAGCCAGAUAUUUACAAUGGUAUCCGGAGUGCCCAUACUCAAUCUAGUGCUGAUACACCUUUUUACUUGGCCACUUUACCUAUUGAAUCAAAGGAACCAAUUAAUCAAUUCGUUUACGAAAGGAAGGUGGUCAAGUGGUCCAAGGGAUCUUCAGAAGAUAAAGAAUCAUCUGUGUUCCCACGAGCCACACAUGACUCUGCACAUGUUGGUGCUUCUGUCGACCCACAUUCCAAACACUCUCAUGAGAAAGUAGAUGCCCUGGAGAAUGAAUUGGAGGCUCAAUCAAUGGUUUUGAGUAAUGGGUUUGCAGGAACUAAUCUUUUCUCUUUUUGGAAUAAUGGUCUUCGUGUUCAUAGUCAAGUUCCUUUCACGGCUAUUCACAUACGCAGUUCCGAACCAGUUUACGAUUCUUGUGGAAAUUGCGAUAACACUUCGCAAGAUGUCAUUGAAUCGGAAUGUAAGGAUCAGUCAACCUGUGCAAUGAAUGGCCAUUACGAACAUUCCGACUCUGUUGACUCUUUAUCGCAAACAGAAAAUAGAAUUCAGAGUGACAAAACCGAAUUUCCAGAUAGUUCUGCAACUCCUCUAUAUGCUUCAGACCCUUCUACUGCGUAUUUGCGUCGACAAAACAUGGGUAUAUCAAAUUACGUAAAUAAACUGUCAAUUGUUACGGAGUUGGAACAACACUAUGAUGACUCAACAACCGCACCUCUAAAAGCUUCAAAUAUGGCUACUCUCCCCAAAUCAGACUCCACCUAUACGGAUUCAAAAAAGGUUUCCGACCGUACCUCUAAAUAUGGCAAUUCUCACACGGAUGAAAUUUGUUCCUGUAAAACUUCGGAAACUAUUUCAAAUAAUGCUCCCCCAGUUAGUCCAAAUUCUAGUUUCGUUCCCAAUAGGCCUCGUCAAAUUCCACUUGAAUUACAAAUAUCGGCGGGAAUUUCAAAAUCUAGACUUCGAUUGUUGGACUUACUGCCCAAUGAUGAUAACAACUUGGGACGCGAAUGUACUAACAUAUUAUCUAUAGAUCCAAAUGUACAACGUCUGAUAAAUACGGAAGGUGCAAAACUGAUUAACAAAUGCGAAUCUGAAUAUAGUUUUUCAAAAUCUAAUAAUUCGGGUAAUUUUUCUAUGAAAUCAUUAAAAUAUAAUGGAUCUUACUCGCAAUCUUGUCGCCGUUCAAAGAGCUUUGAUGACAGCUCAUGUAUCAGUCGUUUGAAUAGAAUUAAAAACAAUAGGUUGUAUAAUUCUGACAUUGUUAAAAGGACAUGCGCUCCUUUAACUGUUAAUAAUGUGACCAGUUCUGGAUCACCAAAAGGUAUAAAGUUUCCUAGCGAUUUUGCCGAGGAAGUUGAAUACUACCAAAAUUCCAGAGAAUCUUCGCUAUUAUCAGAUCGUCUCGAGGCUCGAAUCCGUGCUAGUAUGGAGGCCAUUCGUUCGACAUUAGUCAAUAGUUUUCGAGAUGAAUUAGCAACUGUUCUGGCUGAGAAUGUCAAUUUGCGCUCAGAAAUAACUCGAUUAAACUCAGAGUUAACGCUUAUCCGAAGUUAUCAACAUGCCUUCUUUGCUAUUCGACCAUUUGUCCCACCUGGCUUAUGGGAAAAUAUUUGUGUUCAACAAGGAUUACCUGCAUCAUCUUUUGGAAAUGAUUCAGAGUAUCAAUCACCUUUUAACCCCCAGGUUUCCCGGUAAACAACAAAUCUUCAUCGCUAUUAAACGAAGAGCGUUUUUCUAUUAUUUCCCAUGAAUUGUCAGUGCAAUAGUUAUCCAUACGGCGAUUUCGGCCGCUAAAAUCUUGAUCUCACUGCUACAAAAAACAUACGGAAAAUGUUUUAUCAAGUUGAUUUACUUCCUUUACAAGAUUUCUCACGUUUCUACCGAUUAUAUGUUCGUUUCUCGUUUUUUUAAUGUUAUUCAGUUAGCUUGAGAUGAUCGUUUUGUUCUUCGAGAUCUGCAAUAAGUAUUUAUCUGCUAAAACAACUAGUGAUAACUUACGCCUUCGAUUAUCUUCUUCUUCUCUUUUCAUGUUAAUCUCUUUUUACCAGGCUCUUUCAUCCCCGCAACUACCACUUGGUGUUAUUGUUUGAGUUCAGGCUGUUUUGACACCAGUAACUGUACACUUUUACGUGAACACUGCCAUGCUUUCUCAAUUAUGUAGGCCUGAACUGUGAUUUUCGAAGACUACUUGUGAUGUUUCCAUGUUUGUAUUAAAGCCAAGCAUGUACAGUUUUAUAGAUUCUUUUUGUGUCUUAAUGUUUGUUUCGGUUUCCGAUUCUUUUCUCUUUUCACCUUAAUAUUCUAAUCUCGUGAUCACUAGUAAAUGUUUAUCCUCGAGUAACGUAGUCAAUACGUGUUCAUAAUUUGAAUUUUUGAGUCACUUGCAUCAGUAUGUACACAUUGUUCGUCGUUCCCCUCAAUUUGCUUAUUGUUGCAUUGUAUUUACAUCUUUUAUUCUCUCUUUUUGUCUUAUCGGCUUCUUUUAGUAUAUUUUCGUUCCUGGUGAUGUUGCUUGUCAAAACCUAACCAGCCACAUUUUUUCACUUCCAACUCUUACCCUAUUUGUUUGUGAACUAUGUAUCAACAGCUUCUACCAUCAAUAGCUUCGAGGAGAUUAUACAUUCCUGAAGUGAUCAAACUCACUUGACAUGCUUUUUUAAAAAUUCGAAUGUUUUGUGCCUAAACAGCUAUGCAUUUGUGCCUGUCAUUGGUUCGAGAUUUUUUGAAGUGUUUGAAUUUCAUUUUACCGUAAUAGAAGCAUUCGGUUCUUUUAUUGCCUGGCUUUAUGUUUCGUUAUUUUGGUUUUCGUGUCAAUCAAAAUUCGUGGAUUCUACAAAUUUUUAGGCCAGAUUCUGUAGAAAGGUAAUUGUACUUAAUAUCACGGACUAGUCGUUUUUGUGUUUAUCACUAUAAUUCAUUGUAAAUAAUUUUUGCAUUGUCUGUGAUUCUAUUGUAAAUGCGCACAAAAUUGUAAACGUGAGAUCACCUCUUUUGGCCUUUAUUGUUAACCUUUUGUUCUGUCAGUGUUCCCAUUCAACUAGUCAAAGUUUUAAAACAUUCAACUUUGACGUUUAUGUACUUAAAGUAGAUUAGUAGACUUCAUUUGUCAACUUUAUUGGCAUUUUCCAGGUAUUAAUAUUAGUCAACAUUCCUAAAUUCAUUGGUAGUGAAAUAUAUUUGAAAAAAACAGUACUGGAAGUAAUUAAUCAUAAUAAACUUAAUUGCUACUCAAUUGAUUCUUUGAAUUAAGCCAUUAAAAACCGUCAUAAUUAAUAUAUACCUUAAAAAGGGAAUUUAGUAUUCAUUAACAUCUUACUCUGGAAUUAGAGUUAGUAAUUAUUUUUUAAUGACGUCACAUCAGAAAAAGGAAGAAAAUAUACAUUUGUG